GACACCGAGAGUGGGAAAGAGCUCUCUCACUCUUCCCACUAGGAAAACACCAUUUGUCUGCUGCUGUGUGUGUGUUUUUUUUUCUCUUCUUAGGACUACACAGCUCACUUCAGAGUUACACUUAUUUUUCUGUGGCCCGCACAAAAUUGCGCACAUUGCUCGGAGCGGACGGCAAAGCGCAACUGAUGGUUGACGUGAGCACGGCAGCACUGCCCUCGCAGGUGCCCCCCACGAGCACAACGAUCCUCCCUAUGGACCUGCGGAUGGUUGACCACCACCACCAACAGACCCCUUAUGGAUUACUCCCCCAGCCACACCCGGCACCGCCCACUUCCACUGCUUGCCCCGCAUCUAAUGAGCCAAGCAAUGGGCCAAUCAUCAGCCACCAAGAGCAACAGCUGCAGCAGGAGCUGGUGGCUCUCAAACACAAGCAGCAGCUUCAGAGACAGUUACUUAUUGCUGAGUUUCAGAGGCAGCAUGAGCAACUAUCCAGGCAGCACGAAGCCCAGCUACACGAUCAUAUCCAGCACCAACAGGAUUUAAUGACGCUGAAACAUCAGCAGGAGCUGUUGGAGCAUCAGAGGAAGGUGGAGCAGCAGCGCAAUGAGCAGCAGUUGGAGAAACAGCACCGCGAACAUAAGCUACUGCAGCUCAAAAACAAGGAACGGGGCCAAGAAAGUGCGGUGGCCAGCACCGAGGUAAAGAUGAGACUUCAAGAGUUUGUCCUGAACAAGAAGAAAGCCUUGGCUCAGCGAAACUUAAACCACUGUCUGCCCAAUGAUCCACGCUACUGGUAUGGGAAAACCCAACACAGUUCUCUGGAUCAAAGUUCCCCUCCGCAAGCUGUAAUGUCACCAUACCCUCACGCAAUGCUGGGCACAUACGACUCGAAAGACGACUUCCCUCUACGCAAAACAGCCUCUGAACCCAACCUGAAGCUUCGCUCCCGACUAAAGCAGAAGGUGACUGAGCGCCGCAGCAGCCCUCUCCUCCGCAGGAAAGACGGCCCUAUCGCCACGGCAAAGAAACGCUCCCUGGAUAUUGCCGACUCUGCAUGCAGCAGUGCCCCUGGCUCUGGUCCCAGCUCGCCCAACAACAGCUCCAGUAACAUCCCUCACGAGAAUGGUGUUCCCAUCUCCAGCAGCCCAGGAGAGACGUCCCUGCUUCAGCAACUAGUUUCAAGGGAUGGUUCCGUCAGCCAUCUCUCACUCUACACCUCCCCUUCUCUGCCCAACAUUACCCUGGGACUGCCAGCUACAUGUCCUGGAGGCAAUACAAUAUCAGGACAUCAAGAUGCAGAAAGCCGCCUGGCGUUGCCUGGUGCCUUGCAGAAGAGCAUUCCUUUGACUCCCCCUUUCCUGCCCGCUGCCCACUUGCCUGCCUACUUGGCAUCUUCAGGUCUGGACAGAGAGGGGGUGGGAAGCGGCGCAGCUGGCCAUGCCCCUCUUCUCCAACACAUGGUGCUGUUGGAGCAGAGCCACAGUCCAAUGGUUGGCUUAAGCGGCCUUCCGCUCCCGUCGCCUUCUAUCUCCAAGCUGGCGCGGGGCCACCACCCUCUGGGUCGGACCCAGUCGGCCCCCCUGCCCCAGCAGCAGUGCGGUCAGGCCCAGGCCCUGCAGCAGCUGGUGGUCCAGCAGCAGCACCAGCAGUUUCUGGAAAAGCACAAGCAACAGUUCCAGCAUCAGCAACACAUCAUCAACAAGAUCAUGUCAAAACCCGGCGACCAGUGCUCAGCUGCCAGCUCCGCCCCAUCCGUGUCAUCAAGGCAGCACCAGAGCCACCCGGAGGAGACGGAAGAGGAGCUCAGGGAGCACCAGGGCCUGUCGUCGUCCUCCUCCUCCUCAUCAUCGCCCUCCUCUUCCUCCUUAGUCAUUAAGCAGGAGCCCCUUGACCCUCAGGAGCAGGAGGAGAGGCAGGCCGAGCAGGAGCUCUUGUUCCGACAGCAGCAGGCCCUGCUGUUGGAGCAACAACGUAUCCACCAGUUGAGGAGCUACCGGGCGUCGAUGGAGGCGGCCAGCUUGUCAGUCAGCUUGGGGGGCCACCGCCCGCUCUCCAGGGCCCAGUCCUCCCCGGCCUCUUCCUCCUUCCCCAUGAUGGUGCCGGAGCCGGUCGUCAAGCCACGUUUCACUACAGGUCUGGUGUAUGACUCACUGAUGCAAAAGCACCAAUGUAUGUGCGGCAACACAAACAGCCACCCGGAACACGCGGGUCGCAUCCAGAGCAUCUGGUCUCGUCUGCAGGAAACGGGCCUCCGGGGACACUGUGAGUGUAUCCGGGGAAGGAAAGCAACACUGGAGGAACUCCAGACAGUCCACUCUGAAUCCCACGUUCUAACGUAUGGAACCAACCCACUGCGGCAGAAGCUGGACUGUUCCGUCAGCCCCAUGUUUGUGAGAUUACCAUGCGGAGGCGUUGGGGUGGACAGCGACACCAUUUGGAACGAGGUCCACUCCUCCAGCGCCGCUCGCCUGGCUGUUGGCUCGGUGGUGGAGCUCGUCUUUAAAGUAGUGUCGGGAGACCUGAAGAAUGGUUUUGCGGUUGUGCGACCACCUGGCCACCAUGCAGAGGAGAGCACCCCGAUGGGAUUCUGUUACUUCAACUCAGUGGCCAUAGCAGCCAAGCUCCUGCAGCAGAGGCUCAAUGUCAGCAAGAUCCUCAUUGUGGACUGGGAUGUUCACCAUGGCAAUGGGACCCAGCAGGCCUUCUACACGGACCCAAGUGUUCUUUACCUGUCACUGCAUCGCUACGAUGACGGCAACUUUUUCCCUGGAAGCGGAGCUCCCGAUGAAGUUGGCAGCGGCCCUGGUAUUGGCUUCAAUGUGAAUAUGGCCUUCACUGGAGGACUCGAACCUCCCAUGGGUGAUGCAGAGUACUUGGCAGCAUUUCGGACGGUGGUGAUGCCAAUAGCCAAUGAGUUUGCGCCCGACGUUGUUCUGGUAUCUUCUGGUUUUGAUCCGGUGGAUGGACAUGCUCCACCUCUUGGAGGAUACACACUGACUGGCAAAUGUUUCGGCUACCUGACCAGGCAGCUGAUGGGUCUGGCAGGCGGUCGACUGGUACUCGCCCUGGAGGGAGGCCAUGACCUCAAAGCCAUAUGUGAUGCGUCUGAAGCCUGCGUCUCCGCUCUGCUCGGCAACGAGUUGGAGCCCAUUCCAGAUGAGGUGUUGCAUCAGAGACCAAACGCCAAUGCUGUUCACUCAAUGGAGAAAGUUCUUGAAGCUCACAGUAAAUACUGGCGCUCAUUACAACGCUCUGCCUCCACGCUCGGUCGCUCUUUGAGCGAAGCCCUAAGACGAGAUGCGGAUGAGGCCGAAACUGUCUCUGCUAUGGCCUCAUUGUCCGUCGCCAACAAGCACAUCGCAAAGGCUCAAGACGAACCGAUGGAAGAGGACCCCCCCAUGUAAAGAGGCCUCGUUGCCUUUGACGCACUGAGACUUUGCGUGGCCCCCCCACGCAUCCCGACGGUUCUCAAUACCACUCUACGACUCUGCUCGUUUCAUAUCGAGAUGCCGUCUUAUAGUGGAGAGGAGGACGUGGACGGGACACGCAGAGACUGAUCAGAAUACGUAAAAUGCAUUAUCAUGUAAAUCUACCUUGAUGUGUACAAAUCGACGUGAGGGUCAACUAGUUAACCAGGGUAAACUAGUGGAACAGACCACCAUUCCGCAACCUUUAGUGCCAGUACUUUUCAAACACUAGACAGGUGUUCUUAUGUACAUUUUUUUUUAAUUCCAGUCAAAAAUACAUCCUGCGCGGACAUGUGCAUCCUGCUUUUUGUAAUCUUUAUUUUUUUUCCGUGUGUGCGUGUUUUCAUCAGAACCCACCAGAGGAUAUGAAGAAUGUGAUUCUGCACUAAGGGUAGAACAUUCCUGUUUGUUUGUUUGUUUUUUUGUUUAUUUUCUGAAAGAAAGAGAUCAAUUUGGUCACAUUUUUCCAAUGUGUUGUAUGAUCCACAGGUGUUCAAAAUGAAUGAUAUGGAAAGGAAAAAAAACUGUUUGUGCCUUUUUUUCAAUUGUUUUAAGUGAUAUGGAUUUUUGGGGUACUUGGUUAAAAAACUAUGCCUUAAAAAAAUUCUACAAGAAUUGCCGAAUGGUCCAGAGUGUGCAUAUUAGUGCCACGAACUUUCCUUGUUUCCCUUGAAUUCCCUGCAGCAAGGCUUACGUCUCCUUUUAUUUCCAACCUUCUUUUUUCCUGCUCUCAUCUUGAUGGUCAGGGCCAAUCCGCCAAUGGAUUUGGUGGGAGGUAGUUCAAAGUAGAAUGGACUGUAAAAGAGCAGAUUCAGUACGCUGUGUUCCAAAUUAUUACUGAUUUAAAUUAAAGAAACAUUUGAAAGGGAGGGGAAAAAAAUACAUCAUCCCCUGACCGGAACCCUGUUGAGAACCUUUGUAGUAUCUUUAUAAAUGUCUACUCUAGUAUACCUCCAAAUAGCAACUCUUGGAGGCAAUAUUUACAACCUCAAAUGAGACACAGGAGAAAUUUAAUUUUUGUAUGACUGUGUGCGUGUCAACUAAAAUGCUUUCCUUUUUCCUCAAUGGAUAUUUUUUUUUCUUAUUUUGUGCAUAAUGACGUGGAAUAGAAAAAAAAUGUAAUUUUGCACGCCAAACAAACGUAUCAGUUUUCGAUCAAUAAAAUUAAUCUAAUUUUAUGAUCCCAAAUCAUGUAUUCACUGUAAAUCAAAUUGACUCUUGAGGAAAAUGGACAGUAACAGCAAACAGUCAUGUGGUUUAGACCACAGGAUGCUUCUUACUUUUUUUUUUAAUUGGGAUGAGCUGUGAAGUCCUUUCAGAGUCUUUUGUGAUUAAGGACUUUACAAGAAGUAAACUUGACGUGUUCAAUUUUUAAAAAUGAAGAUCAUGUACAGAUUCAGUUAACAUCAGGAACAUAUGAAAAUGCCAAUUCCAGUUUAAUUUUUUGUGUAAAAAUCAACUUAUUUUUACAAAUAUUUCUGACUUUUCACUUGAUUGCAGUUUUCAUGAGCAUCCACGUUGGAAAAAAUAACAGAUAUUUUGAUUUGUGUGUAUUGAAUUUCAGUUUGACUUGUUGAAUUGAACGACUAAAUUCAAAUUUACGAAAAUGCACCUGUAUGCCUGAUAAUGUGGAACACAGUGUAGUUAGAAUAUUGUGAAUAUUUAAAUAAAAACGAUGUCCCAGUAAAUGUUUUAACAUCUGAGGUUGGAAAGAGGCAAUGGCCUCCUCUUUAUGACACCGUGGUUUCCACGAUAUACCACGUGGGAGGUUGCAAAGGGGGCAGCUGCUUCAACAUCUGCUCGCCAAAUGUCAGAUGUUGCAGCAUGUGGCAGGUGUGUGUACAUCAAAUACUGUCACACCCCCUUUUUUCUUUUUUUCGCUCCAUAAUCACCUUUUUUUUUUCCUUGUAUAGCCUCAACGUAUGCUACGCUUUGGUUCCUGAGCCUGUCAAUGAAGAGUUUAGAAGGUGGUGCCUUGAGAUACGAAUUGAAGUUGUUUCAUGACCAUGUCUGUAACUCAAAACAAAACAAAAUUAUUGCACCAUUAAUUCGGAAUCCCCCCAAAAAAUUGGAAUGUCUUUUUAUUUAGAAAAAUAGCAUUCAAAUAUUGUACUUUCGGAAAACAUUUGUAAAGAAUGAAAAGAAGUCAAGUCACUGAUGGUAGAGUGGUACACGCGCCUGACUUUAGUGUGGGCAGCGUGGGAUCAAGUCCUGCUCAGUGAUGAUAUCAAUAUAUGCCCCUGCCCUUGUGAGGAUAAGCGGCUUGGACAAUGGAUGGAUGGACUCUGUAAAGAUGUCAAAGUGUUUUUGCCACAUUUUUAGGGUUUAACUCAAUGGAUAUUGUGCUGCUCCUUUGCGUAUGUGCACCCUGGCCUGGAACCAGUAUAAUCGAAUACUGUACGUGGAGCAAUGGCAUGGUGGAAAACUGGUUGGAGUGUCUGCCUCACAGUUGUGAGGACCGGGGUUCAAACCCCGGCCCCUCCUGUGCAGAGUUUCCAUGUUGUCCCUGUGCCUGCAUGGGUUUUCUCCCAUAUCCCCAAAAUAUGCCUUCAUUGAAGGCUCUAACUUGCCCUUUGGUGCAAAUGUGCCCUGCGAUUGGCUGGUGACCAGUUCUGGGUGUACCCGGCCUACUCCUCAAAGAUAGUUGCGAUAGACUCCAGCAGUCCCAGAACCCUUGUGAGAAUAAGCAACUCAGACAAUGCAUGGCUGUACAUGGAGCUCCUCAAUAACCUGGUAUUAGUAUUGCUUUACAGAAGAUAAACAAUAUAUGCCUGCAUUGUUAUAUCUGUCUACUUAAGUUGCUCCUCUCUUGUGUUCAAAUAUCCAUUGUAAAAAGGUUAGCAACUUGACAUAAUGCUAUUUGUUCGCCCAUCCAUGCCCUUUUGCUUUGUUUGUUAUAUAAUAAUCCAAUCAGAUUUUAAGAUAUUUGGUUAUUUUUGUCUUUUUUUCUGCUUAGUAUCUAUAUCUGCCACGUUGAGUUUAUUGCGACCAUACAGCGCUUGUAUCUCAAAUUUUGCUCAAAAGUCAAAGCAAAAAUAGGCCGAAUGAUGGCUUGUAUCGCCAAAAACUUGUAUGUCAGCUUCAUCGUAUUUCAAGGCACCACUCUAAUUAAAUAUAAUUACACUAAGAUCAUCAAAUUUUGGAAGUAUGUGUACGGCAAUCAUAAUGUCUCCACAUUUCUUAUCGGAAAGUGCAUUAUUUGCAUUAAAGUAAGAAUAAAAAUCUCUGGGCAGCUACUUUCUUCCCUUUGAUGUUGCCUCCAUUAAAAAAAAAAAAAAAAACACACAAUUGAUAGUUAGAACGCAGAUGUGGAAUUUGUGGCUAUUUGCUAAUGUUUCUACAUGAAUGCUCUCAAUAUUCCUGCCACAUGCUUUUCUUUGCUUCACCCUCCUCUCCGUUGGGAUGUCGUGACUUUUUUUUGUGUGUAUUUUUUGUUUUUUAAUGAUUUUGUAUAUUUUGUUCAUAUUGCCUUGUGUUACACUGCAAAGCUGACAAGACUGAUGAGGGGCUGGAAAUGAACUGAGGGUUUUUUUUUGUGUGGGGAGAUGUUUCUACUUUGUAUACAAUUGUGUAUUGUUUGUUCAUAGUAGAGUUAUAUAUAUGAAAAAGAAAUGAUUAUAUUCUAUAACGAAGUAUGUAUGUAUACAUGACAUGUAGUGGGCCCUUUGUCGGGUGGGGGGGGGGGUACAGUUACUGAAGGCACCGUUUGCUGUCUUUGGUUCUAGUUUGCUGUCAAAUUGUGCUUUUUAUGGGUUGUCUUUUGGUCACCGGUCACAUUUUUGGACUUGUUCGUUCCCGCGGCACCGCGUCGGCCUCUCUGCUUCGUGUAGUCACGCACAUAUUUGUACUUUUCCAAAUUCACCCUGUCUUUUCCUGUCUCUCUUUUGAUUGUAGAAGAACAUGCGUUUUAUAUGGCACCUGUUACAUUUUAGUAAUUCAAGAAACCCGAGACCAUUAUUAAA